AUGCCGAGCAAGACCAAGUCUCGCACAUCGGCAAGCGCUGCGACGGAGAAGCCCAUCGUUGCGACGGCGUCGUCGUCGCAAAUCGGUGUUUCCAACAGCAAUCUGGACUCGGAGCAGGUUCUCAAAGCGUUUCGUGCGCUAUCGGCGCACGUUGCACGUCGAAACGCGUCGUCGGCGACGGGCUCUUCGCUUCCACUCGAUGGACCUUCGGGCGCGCUGCGCGAUGCGUCGAAUACCGUGUAUCUGCAACUGACGCUUUCGACGCUCAGUCCGACAUCGCACAUCAAGCCGGUCCGUAUCAAUCUGCCGCACGCGCUGCACACGCCCGGUGAGGUCAGCACGUGUCUGCUCGUCAAAGACCCGCAGAGGGAGUACAAGGAUCGUCUCGUAGCCGAAAAAAUCAGGUGCAUCUCACGCGUUGUAGGCGUCACCAAACUUAAGGGCAAGUUCAAACCGUACGACGCACGAAGAGCACUUGUCCAAGACCACGAUAUCUUCCUCGCCGACUCGCGCAUCGUGCCCAACCUCGCGAAUCUGUGCGGAAAGGUGUUCUUCGACGCGCGCAAGAAUCCGAUCACGGUCAACCUCACCAAGAAGUCCGAGGCGUUGAAGAAGGAGUUGGAGUCCGCAAUUCAGGCGACCACGUUUUUGCAGAACAAGGGCAGCUGCUCCACCAUCAAGAUCGGCUACAUGCACAAGCACAGUCCGGAGCAGUUGACGCAGAACCUGAUGGCUGCGAUGCCCGCCGUGUUGAGCAGGGUCAAGGGCGGAUGGGAGAACGUCAACAACGUGGAUGUCAAGACGGGCAAUUCGGCUGCAUUGCCCGUGUGGAAUAAGAAGCUCGGAGUCAAGACACAUGUUACGCCUAGCAACGAGCGCCUAGUCGACGAGACGAGCCAACCGUCGAUCCCAGCCGAGCACAAGCACGACCUGUCAGCUGAAACGCCCGUCAAGAAAUCCAACAGUCUCGUCAACAAGGGGCAGCAUACCUGGCCGCCAACAUCCAGUCCGAGUCCACGAAAGACGCGUGGCGCCGCCGCCGCCGCCGCUGCCGCUGCUGCUGCAAAGGCCAAUUUGACCAUCGCCAACGACGCUGUAGCUACGCCGACGAAAAGCGCCAAGUCGACGCCCAAGAAACCCACCUCGAGCGUCGGCCGAAGUGCGCGCAAGCCCAAGUAG